GUGCAUCACGAUCGUGUAUUGGGCCAACAAAGACUGACCGUCCACAAAAAAGACUACGCUCAGGGGUCUAUACCCCCUGCGAACCAAUCAAAGCUGCAAGCUGCUCGUCUGCUAUCUGAUUACGUGCAUCCAUUCGUUAACUGAUUAGCGCGCCGUACUGUGGCGUACACAAAUUUCAGUCAUUACCGCCACCGUUAUAAACAUUGUGUCGUCUGCUCCUCAUGACAUGUCGCGUGGCGCACUGUCAGUAACAAAAACAUCUCCAAACCCUGCAUUAGCUUUCCCCACGACCAACCUGCUUCAGUCAGUCGCCUUCCUUGUGUUUGGUUCCAGUACGUUCACGGGGGAAGCUUAACCUUCAGCUAUCGGUCAUCUAAGGGCAAUCUGCUAGUAUCGUUUAGUGGACAAGAUUGGUAUUUAGAUUGUACAUGCUAGUAUGCCGGUAAACCAACGUGGUAACAUAAUCAACAAGCGGAAAAUUGGACAGGGAAGACACAAAAAUAAGAAGGAAUUUUAGAGCAAGCAGUUGUAGAUGAUUGAAUGAGCUGUAGUUCUGUCGAGCAUUUAUGAUGAAAUUUCUCGGAUUUUGAUAAGAAAAUACAGAACGCUAAACCAAUCACCGAUAACGAAGAGGGGAGAGAGUGCAAUCGUUUUAUUGAGGAAAAAAAAUCGUCGAGAUUCUUCAUCUUCAUGGUUCUACAUGCCGGUGAUCGAUUCCCUCAACGCCAUCGCAGUAUGUCGAUGGCAGUCAAUUCAUGGAGGAAUGAGGACCACCUCACCGCUGACAAGCACCAUGGACCACCGCAGCAGACAGGGCUCGAACCUUCACCUCUUGAUCCCUGCCCACCAGACACGGAUCAUUAUGCGGACACAGGACCACUGCGGUUGCCGCCACCUCCACCACAGCCACAGCCCCCGCAUUCAGCGGCCGGACCUCCACCACCACAGGCACAACAACCCCCACAAGCCCCUAUUGGACCCCCACCACCUUCAGGGGCAUUGCAAGCUGCCACGCCGCAGCAAACACCAGCCACACCAACACAGACAGGACCAGGGAGCCAGGGUGGCGGGGGAGCAGCGCAGAAUGGCCCGCAAUCGGGCUCGGACUCGGGUAGUAAUGUCACUUCCAAUAACAAUAACAACUCACAGCAUAUCGAGUGCGUAGUUUGUCACGAUAAAAGUAGUGGAAAGCAUUAUGGUCAGUUUACCUGCGAAGGUUGUAAAAGUUUCUUCAAAAGGAGCGUCCGACGAAACCUCACCUACUCUUGUCGUGCUAAUCGGAAUUGUCCAAUUGAUCAACACCAUCGGAAUCAAUGCCAGUACUGCAGACUUAAAAAGUGCCUCAAGAUGGGCAUGAGAAGAGAAGGCAGAAACACUGUAUCCCAUCACCCUUUGGACCUUCAACUUAACCUCCCAUCCGAGGGACAAGCUGUACAGAGGGGUCGUAUGCCACCGACCCAACCGGGCCCUGGUCAGUACCUGGAUGGGCGCUUCGAAGGACAUACAUUCCUCUCGGGUUACAUCUCGCUGUUACUUCGAGCUGAACCCUACCCGACGUCGCGUUACGCCCAGUGUAUGCAGACCAACUCGGUAAUGGGGAUCGACAACAUCUGCGAGCUCGCAGCCCGUCUUCUUUUCAGCGCCGUCGAGUGGGCUCGCAACAUCCCUUUCUUCCCCGACCUCCAAGUCACCGACCAGGUGGCCCUGCUCAGAAUGUGCUGGAGUGAGCUCUUCGUUCUCAACGCGUCGCAGUGUUCAAUGCCACUCCACGUCGCCCCACUCCUUGCUGCAUCGGGACUCCACGCCAGCCCGAUGUCGGCUGACCGCGUGGUCGCUUUCAUGGACCAUAUCCGUAUUUUCCAGGAACAAGUUGAAAAACUGAAAGCGUUACACGUGGACUCGGCAGAGUAUAGCUGUAUCAAGGCAAUUGUACUCUUUACGUCAGAUGCUUGUGGUUUGUCCGAUGCCGCGCACAUCGAGGCUCUCCAAGAGAAAUCCCAGUGCGCCCUCGAGGAGUAUGUCCGCAGUCAGUAUCCUAACCAACCCAACCGAUUCGGUAAACUCCUCCUCCGGCUUCCGUCACUCCGAACGGUCUCGUCUCAUGUUAUCGAACAAUUAUUCUUCGUUCGGCUAGUGGGCAAGACUCCCAUUGAGACUCUCAUUCGCGAUAUGCUGCUCUCUGGAAGUUCUUUUAGUUGGCCCUACAUGACAAUGCAAUGACAGUGAUGUCGAGGGCCGGGGGCCGGCAAAAAAAUGAAGUUUUAUGUUAUAGAGAUAAAUAUGUCUAUCAAUGCCAAAAAUAGGUAAACUACAAAUAUAACUGACUUACAGAGAGACGAGAAUCAGUGGACAGAACUGGAGUAAGAUAUGCAAUGUGCAUAAACCGGUAUUGUAAUCGCUGUCCAGGGCGAUAUACUUUCCAGUACAAAUUUCAUUCUUCUCUUGAUAAGAAGACAGUACUGAACAAAGAUUACAGAGAGAUGGAAAGGAUUGUCUAGAAAUGAAUUUAGAAUUGAGAGAUGUUGCAGUUGUGGUGCUACAUAAUUACCCUCAACUUUGGAAGCUUCUAAUCAGGAGCAAUUGUGAAUUUUGGGGGGAUGACUACACUUACUGUCUCACCUUGCAAGUCCGUCCAGAUACGGAUGUCCUAGAGAACUGCAAUUCUUGGGUUCCGGAACAGAUGACCCAGGGCCCAGGAUCUAGAGGACAGUCCCAUUUUCAAGAACCGGAUGGGAAUAUCUUCAGCUAAUCAGCUAUCAAUGUCACCAACAUGAACGUCCUGUGUGAACAAUAUUUGUUUGAAUAAAAGAACAACGUAUAUUUUGGGGGAGGGGUGAAACUACACUCUGAUAAAGGUGCAUUCCAUAUGGUAGAGAACUCCCAUUUUAAGGACAAUUAUCUUCACCAUUUCUAGUAUGCUCAAUAUUUAUCUUUUUACUUGUGACCUGUCUCAUCAACCUUUUGUUUCUUCUGCACACGUUUCAUAAGAGCCUCUACUCUUUGAUAGUCCACUUUAUGGAAUAUUUCUGACCUAGUCUGUUUAAACCUCAGUGUAUUUGAUUAGCUUUAGAAGUCAUUAUAAACUUGAAUAGAGGGGUCAUACAUGAUUUUCUCUAUCCAAAUAGUCAAAGACCAUUGCUCUUUACUCGUUAGAUGUCUUAUUUUUAAACGUGUUUCGAGUAAAUUCAAUAUCAUUUUUAUAUUGGAGAAAUAAAGACCCACUCCACUGCAAUAUUCUUAAUUUAGCAACAAAAGUGGGGGCUAUCCCAUGCCUCGAAUGUUGGUAAAGCAAUAUGGCAAUGGUUAUUAUUUCAAGGGGAUGGUUGUGGUGAUAAGAUGCUCGGAAUGACGAAUCGUUUUCUGAAUGAACUUCAAAGUUGACAGCAUUCCAUUAAAUAGGACACACAUCAUGUAUUACUGAACUAUGCUGUGGUUCCCAUAGAAUGUGCAACCAGUAUUCUUGGUUUUAGGGCAAUUUACAUUGUGUAUUUAAGUACGUACUUCGUGUUUGAAUUGUUUGUAUAACUAGUGAUACGUUUGAUUAUAUUCUAUCAUUUUUAUGUUUACUGGUUCCAAACUGGUGUUGUUUUAGAGUCUAAAGUAGACGAAACAUCUCACCGCAAGUAUUCGUAAGAGUCGAUAGUUUCUAGAGCUAUUAUUGCUAUGUUCUUAAUGUUUGCCUAAUCCUGAUAUUGAAUUAAAACUUACACGUGUUCAUUUGAUGCUCGCGUUUGAAAAGGGAAUCAAUGAUGUAAGUCAUAAACUGUAAUUUUAGAUUUGUGUGGUAUAAUUUUGAACAUUCACCAACCUGCUUUGAUUUUAAGAACAUUGGAGUAAGGUAUCGAUUUUAGCCCAGUUGAUUCUCUUUAUUGGUGGAGCCCAUGUGAUAGCAAUCACAUGAAUAAUAACAAAUCUACAUUGAUUCUUGUUCUUUCAAGUUUCAUUUCACCGUUCUGUUUCCAAUAUUUUUUAAUCCCUUGAAUAUAUUGUUUGUUUAUUUUGUAUAUGCAUGUUUUGUUCUUAUUUUAACCCCCCAUACAUUUCAUUUCCAAUUUUGUGUACAGCUCCACCUUUUUUCAUUUAUGAUAAGUAUUUCUAGACUUUCCCAGUGUCAACAAAUUAAUUAAGUUGACGGUUUGUUAGCCAUCACCUCUAAAUCAUUCUCCCUAUACUACACUUCUUGACUGAAUGAAAAUGAUUAACAUUCUGCUUAAAUAGUCGGUAAUGCACUUAUUUCUUAAAAAAAAAAUGAGGUAUAUACAAAAUAAUGUUUGUCUUCAAUAUAGUUUGGGUUUUAUUACGUUUUCCUUGUCUUUUUCAGCUUUUUGUUCAUUUUUAAACUUCCGAUAAUAGAAGAGAGUAAAUCGACACAUGAAAACAAGAAGUGAGUGUACUAUUUAGCACCAACUUCGUAUGAAGACAAGUAACCAAUGUUGUCUUGGGUCCCAAUAUGAUCGAAUCGUAGUUUGUAUGGAAGAGGGCGCUACGUUUUUGUAAGAGAGCGUGUAAACCACAAUGCUGCAGUGUGUUUUUUGUAUCUUAAGCUUGAAACUCCAGUAUGCGUGAUGCAAAAGAAGUUGCUUUUCAGUAUAUCUAGUGUCAUUUUAUAUAAAUAGAUAAUCGUAUACAUUUGCUAUAUAAUUAUUCACAUUAAAAAUGUAACUCGAAUUUGAGUUACAUAUUUGUUACUUGUAAAUAGACAGUUAUUGUCAUUUUUGUGUGUACUGAAAUAUAUUAGACAAAUGAAAUACUUAAGAUACUCAAAGUUUGUUUGAAGUACUAUCUAUCUAUAUAUAAAAUGUACAUCAUGCAAUUAUUACAGAAUUGUUAAAACAUCCGCAAAAUUUCGCUGCCAAUUAUUCCGCCUAAUAAAUAAAUCUGAAACGAUUUUUUUCAGUGUGAAUUUGCCAAAAGAAACCAUUAGGAUCCCGUUUCUAAAUAUUUGUGACUGCCAAAGAGUCAAAGUGUCACAUUGAAAUGUCGAUAUAAAGUGAAAACCUGUGGCUGCUUCUUUUUUCACACUUUGCCUUGUGCUCUGAGCAUGGUGAGGCAAUGUUUUUGUGUUUUCAUGCAAACAUUAUGUUCUAUAUGAUUGUGUCUGUUGCUAUGGUUUUAGAAUUUAAAUUCCGUAAAAAGUUUUUUCAUUGCCCUAAAAAAUUAUCUAAAACCAAGAGCAGUGCCGGGUUCUUUGAAAAAGUAUAAAAGUCUUUUCUCUCAGUUAAAUUCUGAUUUUUUUUCACUCUACAUUCCUUGUCCAGAAUUUAAAUGAUAGCACAAACCCAAUUCUAACUGGAUAAAGGUUGCUAGAAUUUUGGAAUAAAAUAAAAUAGAACAAAAAAAAAUCAGCUUUGAACCGGGUCAUUUAAACUGGAUUACCUUAUAAAUUUGAAAUAUAGCUCAGGUUUUGAUGGACGAUUUUAUGUUUAAGUUUCUUAAAUAGCUCUGUUACGUAAUCAUGUCAGAUCCUCAUGUGACUUAGUAAUCAAAGGUAAUAAACGGGAAAAUAAUGAAAACAAAAUUUCAUCUCCAUAACAAUCGAAUUACAAUGUUUAGAAUAUAAAAUGUGCAGUAUGAGGGACUUUCACGAACAAUAAUACAAGUACAAAAAUCAAUUAUAAUUUUAUGAUUACAGAUAUAGAGAUAAAGUCUUUGAAUUUGUUGUAUCAGUUGUGCACGUUUGUGGUUAUCGACAUGUGUAAUUAGAAAUUAGAAAUCACAUUUCCUAUUCCACCUGCGGCUAAUUUCGCUCAGUACUUGCCAAAAUCGCAAAUGCCUAAUAAAAUUGAAGUGCCACCUCUUUGUUAUAAACUUAAAUGUGUAGCUUCAUUUUGUACUACAAUUCUUGAAAUAAAAAUUCCUUACUUACGAAUCUCUGUUCAUCUAUCCACCUGCAUAAGAACUGCAAUGUAUUGAAUAAAUUCAUGGUAUUCAUUAAUUCCUGAGAAAUGUUAUCGCAAUUUUUUUUUUUCAGAAUUCAUCAUACAGGCACUGUGGAGACAUUAAAAAAUCCUAGCGUGAUUUAUCUUCAAAGUCAAAUCGAAAAUUAGUUAGUUUUGAGGUCGCUCCUUUUUCAUUUUAAGCAAAUAAGUUUCAUAUUUGAUUUUUUUUUUCAUUUUAAUCGUGGCAGGAUAUGGCAUUUUUUUAUACUUGUUUUUUUUUAGAAUGAAGUAAAUUGUCGUUGAAAGAUAUUUCUAAACAAUCUAGCAGAAUCCGAAUGGUACUUCAUAUAAUUUGCGUAAAAUGGCUGUUAUUGUCGUUUCGCAUUGUUUUAGACUACAUAAUCAUAUUUAGGGUUUUAUCACUUAAAAAGCUGGGAAUAGUAAAACACAACUUUUCCCAAAAUUUGUUAUUUCGGAAGAGUGCCCGGUUUUUAAAGAUUUGAUCACAUAUGGCCAUACAUGUAUAUUUUAAUUCUAUUUCUUCUUUUUUCAUCUACUUUUUUUUUCUUAGCCUGCAGCUGGUAAUCUCAUAGCAUUCAUGCCAUUUCUUGCAAAUCUGUUUUUACAAGCAGAAAGCUAUUGUAUUGCGUUCUAUUCAUAAAUUCACAAAUUUAUGGUAUUUGUACUUAAUUACUUUUCCCCAUGUUUUAUAUUAUUAAUACACUUUUCAUUGGUGUCCAAAACAUCCUUUAGAACUGACUUUCAGGACAUCCGUCAAAAGCUUCAAGAUAUUCUGGAAAUACGACGUUGCGACCAAUUAAUGUGCCAACUACAUUUAGGGAGCUGGAAUGAUUCGCACUUAGUUUUAGUCAUUCAACACAGUUUUGAUAUUAAUUACGUCCUAAGACAGUCAUGUUCGAUGCUCGGUGUCACAGAUGGUUAUUGUUUCCUGUGGUUCCAAAUAAUAUUGAUAGCGUACUGUUGAGAUAAAUAUAUUGUUUUACAUGAAACUGUCGAUAUGAUAUCAUUUUCUGUACUAUUUGCCAACUUGUCUUUUUUUUUGGUCCAACCUGAAUUAUUAGAUUCCAAUCUGAUUCUUCCCCAUUCACCUAGCUUCUUCACAGACACCAUAGUCCGUGAUCACGCUUUUUGGCUGUGCUAGUAUCAGCUAGUUAUCUGCCAUUUAAAUUGUAGCCUGAGUGUUAAUCUAGUGCGUAGUCUUGUCUUCUUGAAAUGUCUUGUGUCCAAGACACGACGUUGUCGACGUUUAAAAAAAAGUUGAAAAAGUGAUUAAAAUAUUUCUGUAUUUGUA